AUGACCAGCCAAGGCGGUGGAACCCUUUUGAACAACCAAGACGACUUACUUGCCGGACUCGAAAACAAUCCGGCUUCUGCUACGUAUCAAACUGAGGACAAUACCAACUACUUCGACUACUUGAGUUCACACGAUAAUGUGUCCGAUGCGCAGGCACAGGUUCCCUCGAACCCCUCAGACAUUACACUGACCCUUCCGCAGCAAAAUCGGAUCAGGCAGCGGUGGGAGCAAACUCAGCGGUUAACAAAUGACAUUACUCAAGUGUUUCUCAACGGCGUCCACACCACAUCUCACCAGCACCAAGGCACCCAAUUGGUACCAUCUGGAAAUCAACCUUGGCGCUUUCAACAAUGGUUCAGUCAAAACGAUCAUGAUGUUGCUCUUCAAACUGCCCAGGAGGAGCCGGUUGUUGGGGGGACCCUGCUCAGUAACGUCGGCGCAUCAUUCGACGCCAAUAUAGUGCAGCACAACCCGACUUUCGGCGUACUACCGGACAUUGGACAUGAAAGUUCACACUCUCAUCUGAACGUACUCGCCGCGCCCUUUUUGCCACCUCCCUGUGCAUCAGAUAGGCCCGCCAGCUCAGAAGGACAGAAUCAAAUACCCCAAGUGACGGAUUGGGCUCAGCAGGACAUAGAGAGAGAUGUAGGGUAUCAGCCUCCAUCGCGCGACUAUACUUGGACAUGGUCAUCCCCUUACUCGCAAAAUAAUAAUGUCGGAAGCAUAGAUGAGGCUACAACCGCCAUGUCCCACAACAAUCCAUUUGCCCUGUCGGGGGAUUCCUCUGGGCCAUUUUUUCCUCGGCCUCAUAGGCAAGAUGUGGCCACUGUUUCCAGCGCUCAACUGGCUCUGAAUGAUCCCUAUACUCAGUCCAUUGGAAUUGACCUCGUUUUCAUGACGGAGACGCACAAUAGCCCACAGCCAACCACCGAGCCGUCCCGAGUCUCUACCGCUCAACAUGGCUACUCCUCGCCCAUCCUGACGCCUCAAUCAUCAGUUCGGCAGUCGCGCAGCAUUCAUUCCAGAACGACAGGGCGGGGUCCCGGGCGAGCACCAUCGCUAUGUCGCUCCACUUCGGCGCAAACCAGCUUCAGCCACGAAUCGAAUGGCUCAGCACCAUCCAAGAGGGGCAAGCGGAAUGGCCCGAUGGAUCCCAGGAGGAACAGGAGAGCACAGGAAACCAGGAUGUUGCAGUCCGUCUGUGCGGACUGCAAACUGCGCAAAGUACAGGUUUGUCACUGA